AUGCUCCGGCCAUUCCUCUCCCCUCACCACCGCUCUGCCGCCGCCCCCGCCCCCAUCGCAGCAGCUGCGGGCGCCGCGGCGAUGCGACCCGCGUCCUCCUCCCGCUCCUCAGCCGGCGGAGGCGGGGCCCACCACCACCACCAUCACAACCACGGCGGCGGCCACAACAACGUCUCCGUCUCGCCGCCGGCGUGCACGACGUGCAGGCACGCCCCGUCGUCGGCCACGCUCGAUCUCCUCAUCCUGCUGCUCGUGCUCUUCUCGCUCGCCUUCCUGCUCGCCUCCUCGCUCUCGCACGUCGCGCGCUCGCUCUCCCCGCUGCUCGCCACGCCGCCCGCCGUCGCCGCGCUCGCCUACGCCGCCGCCGCGCUGCCCUACCUGGCCGCGGCCGCCGUGCUCGCCGCCGCCGCGUUCCUCUCCUGCCGCCGGCUCCCGCGGCGCCGCUGCCGCAACCCGCGCUGCCGUGGCCUGCGGAAGGCGCUGGAGUUCGACGUCCAGCUGCAGACCGAGGAGGCCGUGCGCGCCGGCGCCGGGAGCACCGUCGGCGGCGCCGACGCGGCCAUGUGGCGCGAGAUCGAGGCGCUGCCGUGGAAAGGCGGCCAGGGCGGGAACAACCCGGACUACGAGUGCCUUCGCGCCGAGCUCCGCCGGAUGGCGCCGCCCAACGGCCGAGUCGUGCUGCUCUUCCGCAACCGCUGUGGCUGCCCUGUUGCUAAGCUCGAAGGAUGGGGCGCCCCCAAGAGCAAACGGCGCAACAAGAAGUGA